AGUGCUUCAGCUCAGCUGUUAGUAUACGCACUCUCACUCCAAUCGUCGUACCACACUGAUCGUUUAGCUUUGCUCACUCAUCCGUUUAUUAUUCUCUUUCUCUCUCUCGGUAUCAAAUUGCAUAACAAGGCACGCGACACGCUACUACCGGUGGGAAAUCGCGAGUUUCAAACUUUUUCAAGUACACAUAAUUUUCUUUUAAAACAAACAAAAACGGAUUUUUCAUUUAAAAAAAAAAAAAAUUUUUCGAAAAUUCAAAUUAAAAGCCAAAUUUAAAUUAAAUAAAAAAAAAACAAAAGUUUAAGACGGAACAUCGGCGUAUCUCAAAUUGACAAUGGGGACUUCUUCAUUGAUAGUGGACUAUUUGGUUUUUGUGGCCUUCAUUGCGGUCUCAUUUGUAAUACCCUUGUGGGGUAGAUUUCGUGCGAGGAAAAAAGAGACGAAAGCUGAUUACGUUUUUGCCACGGGAACAGUUUCAAUGGGGGCGAUGAUGUUGUCGAUUGCGAGAGGAACCCUUGGCGUAAGAUCAUUUUUGGGUUAUCCUUCGGAACUUUAUUUUAAAGGCAGUGCCAUGUGGGAAACUCUAUUUGGAAUGCUUCUUGCUUAUCCAAUAGUCUGCUUUGUCUUUGUUCCCGUUUAUUAUAGUCUGGGAAUCACAUCCGUUUAUCAGUAUUUAGAUAUGAGAUUUAAUUCGAAAUUGGUGCGUUGUCUUGCGAGUUUUUCAUACGUUAUUAGAAGUUUAUUAAAUCUCUCAGUUAUAGUAUUCACACCAUGUGUUGCAUUGUAUACUUUGAUAGGCUUGCCAUAUUGGGCUAGUAUUAUUGGUAUAACUUCGAUAUCCGUUGCCUUCACUUUAAUGGGUGGCUUGAAAGCUGCCAUAACGUCUGAUGUUAUCCAAGGACUGACAAUGAUUGUUGUCUCGAUUGUAAUUGUUAUUCAUGGGACUAUUGAUGUUGGAGGUGUAGGAACUGUGUUUAAUAUAACCAAAGAACGAGGACGUCUCAAUUUUUUUAACUUUGACAUGGAUCCAACAAUUCGAGUUACGACAGUUUCAGCAACACUUGGGCAGCUUUUCAUGAGCUUGUCAAUCUUUGGAUGUCAACAAAAUUUUGUUCAAAGAUACUGCAGUAUGAGUAGUCGUGGCAAGGUUGUCAGAACAAUGAUUUCAAACAUGCCAGUGAUAACGGUUCUCUUCUCACUGUCAUGGAUCGUUGGAAUGGUAAUUUUCGCCAACUACGCAGACUGUGAUCCAUACACAAAAGGUUUAAUAUCAAAAAUUGAUGAAAUUGUACCAUUUUACGUUGAAGAUCGAUUUGUUUAUUUACCCGGUGUUGUGGGUCUUGUUAUGGCAACAUUAUUCAAUAGUGCAUUAACAUUGGCCGUGUCAAAUCUUCAAUCGCUCGCAACAGUCACAUAUGAAGAUUUUCUCAGUCAAAUGCGCAUAUGCAGCAAUCUAAAGGAUACACAACAACUUCAUUUAAUUAAAAUGAUUGGCGUAAUUUAUGGAGUAUUGAUAAUUGGCGCCAGUUUUCUCGUGGGAAUGUUACCUGGUGUCAUUGAAUCAUCAAUGCUAAUGACCUCGGCGACGUCUGGUCCACUAUUGGGAGUUUUCGUAUUGGCAAUGCUUGUUCCUUGUGCAAACUGGAAGGGCGCUGCCACUGGUAUGAUUUUCAGUCACAUUAGCACACUAUGGUUAACAUUUGGACGUCUAAUGUUAAAUCCCCCAGUUGAAAAUUUACCCCUCUCAGUGGAUGGUUGUCGUAAUGACACGUUCUCAGCGCAUGUAAUGAAACCCAUCAAUCCAUGGUUGGAAGAAGCGCAAAAUGAAAUAGUUGAAGAGGUCACCAAGUCACCGCUCGACUACGUCUAUGGAAUAACUUAUAUGUAUUAUGCUCUCAUCGGAAGUCUGACCACUGUUCUUGUUGGCAUUAUCAUUAGUCUGCUCACGGCUGAUCCUAAAGGCGACGUAUACGAGGAGCAUUUAUUGCAUCCACUUGCAUUAAAGCUCUCAAAAUUAUUUCCUGGCAGACCUAGAAUCUAUUCCGGAAGUACGCGUCUUGGAGAUGAAGCCAACAGUGCCAAAGGCGAAACAACGUCCGUGACUUCUAUCGCCAAUGCAAAUGGAAAAUCUAAAACGGAAAUUAAAGAGAAAUGCAAAAAUUCUGAAGAUUUGUAUAUUGAGAAACUUGAUGCACUCAAGAGAGUCUCUUUACAAGUCACCAAUGAAAUCUCCAAAGGCACAAGACUUUAAGGAUGUAUGUUUAUUUUUUUUUUUUUUUAUAUAUAUUUUAAAUAGCGAAGAAAAUGACUUUUUACGAUUCCUUUUUUUUAAAGGCAGAUCUAUUGAAAUUGUUUUUUUUUUUUUUUUUUUAUUUGUACAUUAUUAAGUGUGAUGAUGAAAUUUCAAAUGACAUUGUGGGAGUGAUUUAGGAAUUUUUUAAAGCAUUUUGUGUGAUAUUAAAGUAGUUUGUUUGACGUCUUCAGAAAAGAUUGACAGAAGAUUUUGUGAUUUUGAUUUUGUGGUACGUCUUCAAGAAAUAUUUGAGAUUAUCUUUAAUAAAUAACAAAAAUAAUUUUAGGAAACUUUUUUUUGUGAAAAUUGAAGAUAUUUAAUGAAAAAGCUAAGUGCAUUUAUCAUACUAACAAUAAGUCAUUGUAAGUCUAUUUUCAGUAUUUAUGUUCUAAAAUAUUUAUUAUCAAAUCUAGUUCCAUAGUUUUAAAAAUUUUUUUUAGAAAAUUUAAAAGAAAUUUUUUUUUGAAAUAUCUUCAUGAAUUGUUCUUGAAUAUCUUUAAAAUAUUUUUGUUAAUAUAAUUAAAUAUAAAUUAACAAGUUUCUUUAAAUAUAUUUAAUACAUUUUUUUUUAUAUUCAAUAAAUUGUGUUUAAUGUUUUUAACAAAAUAUCCUGUUUGUAUUAAGUGAAAGAGUUUAAACUGUUAAAAAUUUCAUAUAGCACUUGGUACAAAUGAUUUAAAAUUUUUAAAACCUUAUACUUCAAAUUUUCUAUUCAACCUCAGAAAACAAAAACCAAAAUUACGAGUUUCACAAAAAUCUAACAAUUAAGAAAAAACCCCGCACUAUAUACAUGGGAAUUCGGGGUCGGUGAAAUUUCUUGCAACUUUGUAAUUUUGUAGUUAUUGACCUUCUGAAGAAAAAAAAUUUAAAUAGCAAAAUUUAAAAAAAUGGACAGAUUUUUUAAAAAUUAAGGUUUAAGUUUAAAAAUAGUGUUAAAGGCGAAAAAAAUUCAAAAAUUAGUAAAACCAAAAGAACUAAAUAAACUUUUUUAAAACUCGUUACUCAGGGGUUUUCGGGGUCGCUGAUUACUAAUUUGAUGUCAAUUUUUAAAAAUCCAAAAUAGCGGAUCCAAAAUGUCCGACCAAUUUUUUUUUAAAAUGCAUCAAAUUGACUUGAAUCUCGUUACUCGGGGGUUUUCUGGGUUGCUGAUUCACUUAAAACUUGGUACUUGACGACUUUUUAAGCCUCAGUGAAAAUUGACAUCGAAUUCAUAAUCAGCGACCCCGAAAACCCCCGAUUAACGAGUUUUAAAAAUGUUUAUUUAGUUCUUUUGGUUUUACUAAUUUUUGAAUUUUUUUCGCUUUUAACACUAUUUUUAAACUUAAACCUUAAUUUUUAAAAAAUCUGUCCAUUUUUUUAAAUUUUGCUAUUUAAAUUUUUUUUCUUCAGAAGGUCAAUAACUACAAAAUUACAAAGUUGCAAAAAAUUUCACCGGACCCCAAAUUCUCAUGUAUAUGAUGCAGGGUUCUUUGACUAAAAUAUUGAAUUUGGUGACAUUAAAAUUUCUUGAAUAUUUAUAUUAAAUAGUUUUCAAAUAUUUUGAAAAAAUUUUCCAUAAACUUUCUGCAGAGUUUCAUAUAUAUUUUUAGCACAUUUGGUAAAAAAAUAUUCGUGAAAUUUUCAUGAAAAUUAAUAGCUAACUACAACGGUAAUCUUCAACAAAGUUUGCUGAAUAAAUUUAGUAAUUUAUUAAAAUACUUCUAUUUUUAAUUAGCUUCAUUGCUUUUAGAUAAGUUCAAAGUAUUUCUAUCCAAAUUUUUUCAAUAUCUUCAUCAAUCUUUAUACAUUACUUCAACAAUUUUUUUUGUGUGAAUAUUCUUUAUAAUUUUUUUUUUUUUUUAAUAACAACAAUAAAACUUUCUUAAAUAUUGACAACAGUUUUUCUUGAAUAACUGCAACAAACUUUCUUGUAUAUUAGCUAAAUUUUAUCAUAAAAUAUGUUCAGAAAUAUUUCUUAAAUAUCUUCAAUGAUUUUUCUCAAGUAUUUUCAAAAAAAAUUUUUUCAAUAUUUUCAGCAAUCUUUCUUGAAUUUAAAAAAAGAGAAAUCUUCAACAAACUAGUUCAACAAUUUUAAAUAAUUUUUCUUAAAUAUCUUCAACGAAUUUUCUUGAAUUUUAACAAAAAAAAUUUUCUUGAAUAUUUCCAACAACUUUUCAUGAUAUAAAUAUUUGUUAAUUAUUUUAAAAUAACUAAAUAAUCAAAUUGCUGACGUUUCUUGAAUAUCAUUAGUGAACAUAUUAUGCAAAAUCUUGGAAGAAAAAAAAAAAAAAAGGUAAUUCUUGUUAACUUUUUUUGAAGAUAGGACUUUUUGAGUGACAGUGGAUUCAUAUAAUGUAAACGGAGACAAUUCCGUUUCGAGAGGAGAUAAGUUGUACAUCUCCUUCGUCAGCAUGACAUAUCUCGUGGUGCUUGGUUAAAGAAAAACAAACUGACGAUCCGGACGGAAAACCCCGUAGAGGCAACGAAAGAGCUUUUUAUUCAGUUUUCUUGUCUCAAGUGAUCGUAGUACUUUUAGGAUGUAACGAAAGUUCUAUAUAUAGAGGAGAAUGAAAAGACUCGAGAAAAUCAUAGUUUUCUUGCUUCCUUUGUCUAGCACUUUUUUUUUCAUUAUGAGGAAAAAAAAGUAUAUACGUUUAGAUUUAUAAAUUAUUAACAUAAAUAUUGUAAAUAGUUAUCAAUAAGAAAUUUGUUAUUUUUAAUGUAAAUCUUACAUAUAUAUAUAUAGAUAAUAAUUAUAUGAGGAGUUAAUUAGAUGCAAGACUUUGACACAUAUACAAAAAACUAUUUUCUUAAAAUAUUUUUUAUGGCCCGUGUGAUGUUGAGUGGGGUUUGAAGAUGUGAAAUACUCAAAAAAAAAAAAAAAAAAAACACUGGUCCGAGCAGGUUCUCGUGCUU